AUGCAGGACGCCACUGGAGAGGUCAACGACAAUCAGCAGAUCCAGGACAUGCUGGAUCGAAUGGCCUCGGAAACAAUGGAUUUUGUGGCUAUCCAACACCAGGCCGAUGAUGAAGCUGAAGAGCUGGCGCGUUUACAGACAGUCUACGGAGAGCUUCCAGAGUUCUGGGCGAUGGCACCCAGCAGUCAAGAACCAGACGGCACCCCACUACCAGAUACUUCCAUCGAAGCAUUGCUAUACACGCCGGUUGGAUUGCGUCCUCGCAUACCAAUCGCAGUCGAAUCGCAAGAACAGAUGUCAGCAGUCCCGUGCCUCUCAAUGGAGGAUCUCCAGGUCGAGUGGCUCAGUCACCACAAGGUGCCGCGAAUGGGUUAUCACAACAGACUCAGCAUCAAAUGGCUUCGUGAUCAUUCACCCAGAUUCUGCCACCGAGAGUUCUUCUUCGAAGAUCCACAGAACAAGGAAAUCAUCAGGGUGUUUGUACACACAGCGAUCGCCGUUGCUGAACAAAGCAACCCAGUUACCCGUGGUCGAUACAUCGCCAUCCUCAGCAACUACCAACUCAUGUCCAUUAUCAGCCCGAUCCUGUUCGUUGAGAACGGCAGUCCCUUCAGCGAGAUCCUCAGAUCCUUCCUGUCUGAAGCCGCUGCGACCAAAGUCGUCCAGUACGUGUGGAAUUUCUACCAGGUCUGCAUUCCAAACAACGCGAACCUGCUCGGUGUGGCGGUCCACAGCCUCUGCUUCCAUACGGACCUUGAAGAUGUGGUCCGUAGGGCUUCCAGCAAUGUCACACGCGGUGCUUGGCAAAGUCUGCUCCACCAGGUCGCCGAAGAUGCGGAUCACUACCAGCAACAACACCACACAGCGAUCAACAAAUGCAUGCAGGACAUCCUGAACGCUGUUGGAGCCGACCUUCAGAGGCAAAUCAAACAAUUUUCAAACAGACGCGAGCAUGAGCGACAACUUCUGCGCGAUCGCAAG